GACAGGCUUUGGGGAAGCUGGCCAGCCUCGUUCUCGCUUUCCAUCAUUUAACACGCCAUCGCCAACCGGGAGUGCACGGGAUCGGGAUAGAGCAUCGGAUUUAUCGGAAUAUUUUCCAGAUAUCGGACAAAACUGAUUUAGGGUCAACGGCAUGGGCGAGCGAGCGGCAUUUCUGCUGUUAUGGGUUGCGACCUUGACGCUGGCAUCUGAGGUGCCUUCUGAUGACUCGGUGGGUCUGCUGGCAGAGCCCCAGGUAGCCAUGUUCUGUGGGAAAUUCAACAUGCAUGUCAACGUUCAGAGUGGCAAGUGGGAGUCGGAUCCCUUCGGCACCAAGAGCUGCAUCGGAACCAAGGAGGGCAUCCUGCAGUACUGUCAGGAGGUGUACCCUGAGCUCCAGAUCACUAACGUGGUGGAGGCCAACCAGCCAGUCAGCAUUCCGAGCUGGUGCAAGAAGGGACGCAAGAAGGGACGCAAGGAGUGUAGCAGUCACACACACAUCGUGGUGCCCUACCGCUGCCUGGUUGGAGAGUUUGUGAGUGAUGCCCUGCUGGUUCCUGAUAAGUGCAAGUUCCUGCAUCAGGAGCGAAUGGACAUGUGUGAGAGCCACCUGCACUGGCACACCGUGGCUAAAGAGUCCUGCGGAGACCGCACCAUGAAUCUCCAUGACUACGGGAUGCUGUUGCCAUGCGGCAUCGACCGUUUCCGAGGGGUGGAGUUUGUGUGUUGCCCAGCGGAGACACAGCGCGAGUCAGACAGUGUGGAGCUGACUGAGUCUGAUGUGUGGUGGGGUGGAGACGAGACUGAAUAUACCGAUAACAACAUGCCUCGCCAGGCGGAUCAGGGGGCUGUCACCACUGAGGAGGAUGACGAAGAGGAUGCCUUGGACAGAGACGAGGACGGAGAUGGUCUUGAGGAUGAUGAUGACGAUGAGGAUGACGUGACCGAUGAACGGGACAGUGGUGAAGGCACCUCCAACAUCGCCAUGACAACCACCACCACGACCACCACUGAGUCGGUUGAGGAAGUCGUCAGAGAGGUGUGUUGGGCGCGUGCUGAGUCGGGCCCGUGCCAUGCCAUUCUGGAGCGUUGGUACUUCGUGCCAGAGAAGGGCACCUGUGCCCCCUUCCUCUUUGGAGGGUGUGGGGGCAACCGGAAUAACUUUGACUCAGAGGAGUACUGCCUGUCUGUCUGCAGCACCAGUGUGUUGCCUACCACGGCCCCCUCCCCCCCUGGCGCGGUGGACCGUUACCUGGAGUCUCCCGGAGACGACAGCGAACACGCCAACUUCCAGCAGGCCAAGGAGAGUCUGGAGGCCAAGCACCGCGAGAGGAUGUCUCAGGUGAUGAGAGAGUGGGAGGAAGCAGAGAGACAAGCCAAGAGUCUCCCUCGCGCUGACAAGAAGGCAGUCAUCCAGCACUUCCAGGAGAAGGUGGAGGCCCUGGAGCAAGAGGCAGCAGGAGAGAGGCAGCAGCUGGUGGAGACCCACAUGGCCCGGGUGGAGGCCCUGCUCAACAGCCGCCGCCACAUGGCCCUGGAGAACUACCUCGGCUCCCUGCAGGCCAACCCACCCAGGCCUCGUCAGGUGCUUGGCCUGUUGAAGAAGUAUGUCCGUGCAGAACAGAAGGACAGACAACACACCCUGAAACACUACGAGCACGUCCGCAUGGUGGACCCCAAAAAGGCUGCUCAGAUCCGACCCCAGGUGAUGACCCACCUGCGUGUGAUUGACGAGAGGAUGAACCAAUCCCUGGGGCUGCUCUACAAGGUGCCCAGGGUGGCCAAUGAAAUCCAAGACCAAGUUUCUGUCCUGAUGCAGAGGGUUCAGUCAGAGCUGUCUCAGCAAAUCUCAUCUCUGCAGAGCGAUGGGAGGAGUGAUGGCAGGGUGAGCUAUGGAAACGAUGCCCUGAUGCCCGACCAGGCUUACAGCUCUGCCCCUCUGGACCCUGGCAUGGGCCUGGAUCGACUGGGCUUCAUCCACCCAGAGAGCUUCAAUCAGCCCAACACUGACAACCACGUUGAUCCUGUUGAUGCUCGUCCAGUCCCAGAUAGAGGUCUGCCCACUCGGCCUGUGUCUGCUCUGAAGCCUGAGGAGGUUCCUGAGGUGCGGGUGGAGAAGGAGGAGCGGCAAAGCGCCAGCUAUGAAGUGCAUCAUCAAAAACUGGUGUUCUUUGCUGAGGAUGUGGGCUCCAACAAGGGUGCCAUCAUCGGCCUGAUGGUGGGUGGGGUUGUCAUAGCGACAGUCAUCAUCAUCUCUCUGAUUAUGCUGAGGAAGAAGCAGUAUACCUCCAUCCACCACGGAAUCAUCGAGGUGGAUGCUGCAGUGACCCCAGAGGAGCGUCACCUGUCCAAGAUGCAGCAGAAUGGCUAUGAGAACCCCACCUACAAGUUCUUCGAACAGAUGCAGAACUAAGGAGCUACCCGUUGACCCCUCCCAGACCCUGAACUUCCAUUAACCCCUCACACCUAGGGCCCGUUCCAUUUUGGUCCAUAAACCCCUCACACCUAGGGCCCGUUCCAUUUUGGUCCAUAAACCCCUCACACCUAGGGCCCGUUCCAUUUUGGUACAUAAACCCCUCACACCUAGGGCCCGUUCCAUUUUGGUCCAUAAACCCCUCACACCUAGGGCCCGUUCCAUUUUGGUACAUAAACCCCUCACACCUAGGGCCCGUUCCAUUUUGGUCCAUAAACCCCUCACCCUAGGGCCCGUUCCAUUUUGGUCCAUAAACCCCUCACACCUAGGGCCCGUUCCAUUUUGGUCCAUAAACCCCUCACACCUAGGGCCCGUUCCAUUUUGGUCCAUAAACCCCUCACACCUAGGGCCCGUUCCAUUUUGGUCCAUAAACCCCUCACACCUAGGGCCCGUUCCAUUUUGGUACAUAAACCCUUCUAACUCCUAUUCUAUUGCUGUCAAUGGAUCUGAAAGGACUGAGUAGGUAAAACCAGUAUGACUGAAGUGCCAGAAAAAUCUAGAAUGAAUUGGGUUUGAAUUUGAAUUGUAGUCAUAUUACUUCCAGCUCUCCAGGGGUAGUGCCAAGGAGCUGGGGGCUGAAAUACAACCUAGCCACACUCACCCUUCAUCCGUUGCUCGUAAAUUGCAGCACAUCAACAUUCAUAGCUGCCAUUGGUCAGACAAGGAUAUCCUCAUUCACCUGCAUAUUUUUCUAUAAUAUCCUGUAGUGUUUGUACAGAACAGAGAAGCUCAUUGAUUGAUUCAUCUGUCCGUCUAUCUGUGGGUGAGCCCUCCCCCUCAGGACUCGCAGGUCUAAGAGGAUGAAACAGAGGCCCCAAAUAUCCCUGCAAUCUUCCUGCCUCUCCCCUCCCCCUCCAUCUCUCCCACGCACUCUUCUCCCCUCCCUCUCUCUCAGAUGACAGCUGUGCUGUGUUUAGUGAUGACAUAACAGCUCUUAACACUAGCGAAGGGAGGAGGGUCUCAGUCUGCCCUGAGCUCCUCUCUGUGGGAUUAUACCACAAGGGAGGAGGGUCUCAGUCUGCCCUGAGCUCCUCUCUGUGGGAUUAUACCACAAGGGAGGAGGGUCUCAGUCUGCCCUGAGCUCCUCUCUGUGGGAUUAUACCACAAGGGAGGAGGGUCUCAGUCUGCCCUGAGCUCCUCUCUGUGGGAUUAUACCACAAGGGAGGAGGGUCUCAGUCUGCCCUGAGCUCCUCUCUGUGGGAUUAUACCACAAGGGAGGAGGGUCUCAGUCUGCCCUGAGCUCCUCUCUGUGGGAUUAUACCACAAGGGAGGAGGGUCUCAGUCUGCCCUGAGCUCCUCUCUGUGGGAUUAUACCACAAGGGAGGAGGGUCUCAGUCUGCCCUGAGCUCCUCUCUGUGGGAUUAUACCACAAGCGUUUCAGGUUUUUUUCCCAGAAAAAUGUAUAAAAAAAACAAAAAUAUAUAACUAAUACAUCAGAAAUAUGUAAAAGGCAAAGAAAUAUUGAAUGUUUUUAUUUUGUGCGUAAUGUAUUGAAAUAAGGCAGAAAAAACUAGCUGUAACUAUAUGUAGUGCAUGGUGAUAUUGAUGCCAGACAUACGUAGAGAAGCUGGCUCCUGUGGCAGGACUGGGCCUCUCAUAUAGACUUUUAGCAGGAUUGUACAUUUUCUGUGUCUUCUUUGUGAUCUUGUGAUAUGAAGAAGAGAGAAAAAAAAAGUAUUUAGAAUCUGGUCCGCUUUGUUGUCACUGCGACAAUCUUUAAACAGAACCUGUGCUCUCGUUUGUUUCCAGCCCCUUCCUCGCUCUGUGUUACCUACAUGGACCCAGUUAUCUCUAUCUACAUGUAGCUAAUAUAAUGAUGUGUAAUAGUAUCUGAACGGAAGUCGAUCUGUUUCAUUUAGUCUGGGUGUUACUGGUGUUACUGCUCUGUUUGUUGGUUUAUGUCCCUUAAAUAUUCCACGACUAGGAAUUGUUUCAGCUCCAUUCAUCAUUCCAGAAAUCUCAGCAUUCCACCCUAUCUUUCCUCAUUCCUAUAUAGUCUGUGAACAUCAUUAAUGGAAACAGAUAUCAUUAUUAUGUUUUCUUUCUCAGGCUUUCAGGCUCUUUCAAUCUCUCCUUUCCUCUGUCUAUCCCAUAGACCUCAACCCCCACAACCAGCCCUGCUCCUCUAUCCAUGCUGUCGGCUUGGUGUGUGAACUAUGUUGAAUUGAGAGAGAGAGAGAGAGAAGGGGGAUUGGGUGUGUCAGAUUUGUACAUUCUAAUCCAUUGUCUUUCUGAUCAUCAAACACUUAUUCCCUCCACAAUGUCUCACACAGAACAUACACUAUUUUUCCAUGACAUAGACUGACCAGGUGAAAGCUAUGAUCCCUUAUUGAUGUACAUGUAUCAAACAACCAAGGAAAGAUAAGAAAAACUGUUCUUGUUCUGUGGUGGAUAUCCCCCUCUUGCUUGUUUUGUCAUGUCUCAGACAUCCUGGCUUUAAAAGCAGAGGCUAAAGAAAUACUGAUCUCAGACUAGUUAUAUUGAUCUCGGGACAAUGUGCGUGAGGCAAAAUACAGGGACACUUCAGAAAGCAGCAACUGCACAGGACUUUCAGAUUUAAAUGUGUUAUGUGGAACAGAUGUCAUUCUGUCAGGUAGUUUUGUGUUACAUUUCCAUCUGCAACAUUCUGAAUGUUCCACCGAGCUGAACGCACCCCAGAUCUGGGAUCAGUAUUGAGGCCGUAGUAGACGAGACAUUCCCAUACCCAAAACGGAGCCUCCAAUAGACAUGAAUGUGACAUUCAUAUUGUGCAAUUAUGCCACAGAUCUACAUACUACUACACUCCCUCCCUACACACAAACUGAAGCUCUUAAAUCAGGUAAAUGUUUUGGUGUUAUCAAGGAUACUUGUACAGGGUAUCUCCAGGGGUUAGUGGUUUCAUUUGUUCAUUCUGUGACUUUGUGUACCUAUACAAAUCAUUUGCUUAGACAGAAAAAACGCUUUCUACACUAUCCCAUCAAUAAAAUGUUGAAUGUACAUACAAA